AUGUUGCCAUCGAAUAAAAGCUUAGAAGAGUAUUAAGAAGAGAGAAUGAAAUUCACAAACUCUUGGACUUUCAUGAUGACCGCUCUAGGCUUUGCUGCAGGCUUCGGAAGUGUUUGGAGAUUUCCUUAUUUGGUUUUUAAAAAUGGAGGAGGAACAUUCCUUAUUCCUUACUUUCUUCUUGUUUUCACACUUGCAAUUCCAUUAUUCUUCCUUGAAGUUGGACUUGGAUAAACAAAAGGAAUGGGAUUUGCGCAUCUUAUUGCCUCAGAGAAACCAAAAUUAGCAGGUUUUGGAUUCAUAGGCAUCAUAAUAGCCUCAUAUGUUUCUACAUAUUAUAAUUUAAUCAUGGCUUAUUCCUUUCGAUUUUUAUGGGAUUCCUUCAAAUAUCCCUUGCCUUGGUUAGAAAGCGUAAUAAAUGAAGAAUAACCUUUUUCUAAGUCAUACUUUUAUGGUGAAAUUCUUCAAAUAUCAGAUUCAAUCACAAACAUAAAUGAAAUAGUAUGGAGUUUACUUAUUGCGUAUAUGGUUUCAUUAACAAUUGUCUAUUUAAUUAUUAAGGAAGGAGUAGGAACCUCAGGAAAAAUUGCAAUAGUGACAGCCACUUCCCCUUAUAUUUUAUUAAUGAUUCUACUCAUAAGGGGCUUAAUGCUUGAAGGUUCAAGUGAAGGAAUUUAUUAUUUAUUUAAACCAGACUUUGUUAAAUUAUUUAAUCCCUCUGUUUGGGUAGAUGCUGCUAAUUAGGUCAUUUUUCAAAUGAAUGUCGGUUUGGCUAUUCUAUGCUUAUAUGGCAGCUAUAGAAAGAAGGAUGAUAAUCUACCUAAUUUCUCUUAUGCUAUUCCCAUUAUUACAUCUUUAUGUGGUAUGCUUGCAGGAUUAGUUGUGUUUAGUUACAUUGGACAUGUUAGUGUUAGAUUCAACAUUCCUAUAGAUGAAUUGCCAUUAUCUGGCCCAGAUUUGGCAUUUGUUCUAUAUCCAGCCAUUUUAGCAUAGAUGCCGAUGCCAAAUUUAUGGUGCAUUUUAUUCUUUUGUGUACUUGUUUUAUUGGGAGUUGAUACAUAAUUUGGAUUUGUGGAUCUGAUUGCUGGAACAAUAGAGGAUGCUUGUUUAGGAGAAGUGUUUUUGUUUGGAUAUAAACUGACAGUUCAAUAAGUUCGAUUGGGAAUCUGCAUUGCAUUAGGAAUUUUAGGAUCAAUCUAUUGUACUGACAUUGGAUUUUAUCUACUUGAAUUUGUAGAUUUAUAUGGAACUACUAUUUCUUUUAUGGGAGGAUUGCUAUUUGAAGUUUAUUAUUUUGGAAAUCCUAAAAGAUUUAGCAAAUUUAAAAAGGAUUUAGAAUAAUGUAAUAUUUAGAUUCCAGCAUUUAUUGAAUUUUCUAUUGUUAAACUCUGUCAUUUUACAGUGGUCAUUCUAUUGAUAAUAUCAGUGAUUCAAUAGAUUAGAGGGUCCUUGAAUUACGAUGGAUUUUUUAUAGUUUUUGGGUGGUUCAUAUCUCUUUUACCUUUUCUGUGGGCACUAAUUAUAUAUAUAUAGUAAAUGUUUUGUCUAUUUUUUUAGGAAAAGAAAUGA